GUACAAUAGGACCCACUUGCCACUAAGUGGAGUGAGGACUGAGGACCCCCAAGAAUUAUAACGAAGGAUUCAUACAAAUUCUAGACCAUGGAUGACUGCAGAAGGUUGAGAACGAAUAGCGUGAAAGAAAUCUCCUUGUCAUGUUUUGAUUUCGAUCGUAAUGAUCUUGGAGAGAAAGAGAGAUGCGGCAAUUAUUGAUGAUAGUGCUUUUCACUUGGCUUUAUCUUGCAGAUUCCUUCCUUGCUUCUGACUGCUCCAUUAAAGGGUUUCCACUUGUUCGGAAUAUAAGUGAGCUUCCACAAAGUAACUAUGGUAUAGAAGGCCUCUCACACACUACCCUUGUUGGGUCUGUCCUCCAUGGAAUGAAAGAGAUUGAGGUGUGGCUUCAAACAUUUUCUCCUGGAUCAACGAUACCGAUUCACAGACACUCAUGUGAAGAAGUUUUUGUUGUCUUGAAGGGCAGUGGUACACUUUAUCUUGCGUCAGACUCACAUGGAAAAUAUCCUGGCCAACCUAAAAAAUUUCCCAUCUAUGCAAACAGCACGUGUGCUAUUCCUGUCAAUGAUGUUCACCAGAUCUUGAACACUGAUAGCAAUGGCGAUCUGCAAAUACUGUGUAUUUUAUCACGUCCUCCUGUCAAAUUGUUCAUCUAUGAAGACUGGCUUAUGCCUCAUACUGCAGCCCAACUGAAGUUUCCAAUCUUUUGGGAUGAACAAUGUUUUGACUCUCCUGUUAAAGAUGAGCUCUAAGACACACUUCUGUCAUCUCCUACAUUGCUACAUCAAUGACUUAGAGCGACUAUCUUUUCACUUUACUCUAUUCACAAGUGUUGCUUUGAUCUUUUAUAGUCAAUUACUUCUUACAAAGAAUAUAGUAGUCAAAUGUUAGAUUUAUCAUAGCACAUAGUUUUAAUAAAAUAACUUCUUAUAAAUUUUACUUGCAUGUAAAUAAAUAUAUUAACAUUUUAUAAAGUAUAUUGACAUGCAUGAUGCAUGUAUUGACAAGGGUUGCAAGUAUAAAGAAACAAUGAUUCUUA